AGAUAUCGCACACAGUGCUCACGGAGCGUCCGCGUGAGUAACACGUCGAAAUCGGUUCAUCUCCACACGUGCACACGCAUAAAUACACACGGCGACCAUGAGCGAACCUCAGUCAAAGGAAGCGAAGAUGAGCUCGUUAAGCCAGCUGAAGAAACUCACCACGGUGGUCGCAGACACCGGCGAAUUUGAAGCUAUGAAACAAUUUAAGCCCACGGAUGCAACGACAAAUCCCUCGUUGAUCCUCGCUGCCGCAACUCAUAAGAAGUACGCUCACUUAUUUGAGCAAGCCGCGGAAUAUGGCAAAAAAUGCGGGUCUACUUUGGACGAGCAGGUUGAGCAUGCCCUCGAUAUGAUAUGUGUAUUCUUCGGCAAAGAGAUCUUGGGUAUAAUACCCGGGAGAGUUUCCACCGAGGUGGACGCCAGAUUGUCCUUCAAUAGGGAGGCCAGUGUCAAAAAGGCGAAAAAAUUGGUCACUAUGUACGAGAAGCUCGGAAUAAGCAAGGAGCGCAUCUUGAUCAAGCUCGCGGCGACAUGGGAAGGCAUCCAAGCGGCGCAAGAGUUGGAAAUAAAACAUGGAAUCCACUGCAAUAUGACGCUGUUGUUCUCCUUUGCCCAGGCCGUUGCUUGCGCGGAGGCUAAAGUUACUCUCAUUUCACCGUUCGUUGGUCGAAUCCUCGACUGGUACGUGACAAAUACAGAUAAAAAGUUUUACAAGGCUAAGGAGGACCCUGGUGUUGUUUCCGUGAAGAAGAUUUACAAUUAUUAUAAGAAAUUUGAUUAUAAAACAGUCGUGAUGGGUGCCUCGUUCAGAAACGCCGAUGAAAUUAUGGAACUCGCCGGCUGCGAUUUGCUCACCAUAAGUCCCAAGCUAUUGGAAGAAUUGGACAACAGCGACAAGCCCGUGCACAGGGUUCUGAGUGUGGAAUCGGCGAAGGAGUGCGACCUUAAGAAGAUUAGCGUAAACGAGGCCGAAUUUAGAUGGCUUUUAAACGAGGACCAAAUGGCGAUCGAGAAGUUGAGCGACGGCAUUCGCAAAUUCGCCGCUGAUGCACGCAAGCUCGAACAGUUGCUGCGAGAAAAAAUUGAGGAGUUAAACGAACAGAGUUUGAACGAUAGUAGGGCAUGUUCGAUGAUACGUUAAAAGACCGGCUACAAUAGGUAAAAACCUGGCACAAGGAGUAAGGAAGUAAACAAAUUUUAUUUCUUGCUUCUACCCAUACGGAGCACAAAACUUGCAGUUACAUUGCAACAAUGUAACGGCAAGUUUUGUGCUGUAUGGGUAUUUUAGCUCUCACUCUUGACAAAUCAGAGCGCAGUCGAUCAGUGCUACAAGUAUUUUAAAAAUUGUGCCUGCAUUUUAACUUUCUUAUACCGAGAGGUAAAGGUUAUUGUUCUUUUACUUUUUACUGCUUACUUGCAAUGUAGACGGUCCUUUAGAUAUGUACAGCGACAUAAUAAUUUGCAAGGACAUAAUAUAUCGAGUGUACCAAUACAUUCCUGUUAUUCACAUACCUGUAAAAUAAUUAUUUUUAAUAAUUGUGAAAAAGUGUUAAAGAAGGAAAAUCUGUGUAUUUUUAAAAAUGCAAGAUUUAUAUUUCAAGAAUGCAAAGACAGAUGUUAAAUAAAGGCAAGUAGAGAAAUUUUUAAGAGAGAAAAAGUAUAA